AUUUUUCUCUUCUUUUAUUUUCUUUCUUGAAUCUGCAUUGACUUCUUUAAUUUUUCAUAAUGGUCCAUGUUUGAUUAUUUAGUCCCAGUUAAUUGAACGUGUUAGCUAUAGCCAGGCUUAGUCUAAAGUUGUCGUAGCUUGUUUAAUGCAAGGUAUAGUUUGGUCCGUUUUCAUCUUGGAAUGAGAAAUAGCAUUGCCAUUGCGGUUCCUCUGAGAUUGAGACCAAACAUUAGCAACACUCUACCACAUCACAAGUUCCGGCCAACCUGCUUUCACAGCCAUGAAGAAUAGAAUUGGAGCAGAUAUUAUUAUGGCUUUGGAUGAUGUCAUAAAGACCACCAUUCUGGUCCAAGAAUUGAGGAAGCUAUGUAUCGAACGCUUAGAUGGAUAGAUAGAUGCAUAGCAGGUGGUUUAGAUCCUGAGUUGAGGGACAUCUGUGUCAAAGGUUUGGUAGACCGCAACUUGCCUGGCUAUGCUGUUGGUGGUCUUGCAGGACGCGAUGAUAAAGAUUCGUUUUGGCGAGUUAUUGCUCAGUGCAUUGCUGCUUUGCCAGAGGAUAAACCACGAUACGUUAUGGGAGUUGGUUAUCCACUUGAUACUGUUGUUUGUAGUGCUUUGGGUGCAGACAUGUAUGAUUAUGUCUACCCCAUCCGUACAACACGUUUUGGGACAGCCCUUAUUCCAGAGGGAGUACUAAAACUAAAACAUAGAGCCAUGGCUGAUGAUACUCGACCAAUUGAUCCUACCUGCCCUUGUAUGGUUUGCAAGAACUACACCAGGACCUACAUCCAUUGCCUUGUCACUAAAGACGCCGUGGGGUCUCAGCUUCUAUCAUAUCAUAAUUUAUAUUACAUGAUGCGGCUUAGCAGGAAUUUACACACAUCAAUGGUUGAGGGAAAAUUCCCAAAGUUUGUAUGUGACUUUUUACAAACAAUGUUCCCCAAAGGCGAUGUUCUUGAAUGGGUCUGCAAUGCUAUGGAGGUGGCCGAAAUCGACAUUUCUUCCUGCUGUGCUCCAUUUCCAUCAUGCCAAGAAAAGUAUUCCAGCGAUGAAAUCAGAACUAAUGACAUACACAUGGAGUUAAGACUUACACACAAGUUAUAGACCAACACUUAGAAAUUUAGCUGAGCAUGGAAGGCAUGCACAAAUUAGUUUACACAAUGAUUUUUUUUGCAGGUUAAUGCUUAAUUUGGUUCUUCUAUGUACACGUGUGAAUCAUUUUACUUGACUCGUUAAAAUCAAUGAGAACUAAAAUGAUUGACGCAUGUACUUUAUGGAGAUCAAAGUGAGCAUUAACCUGCUUACUUUUGGUAGCAUAAAUUUUGUAUCCUGCAUAUGCUGCUUUAAGUAAAAUUUAUUUAAAGGUUUACAACAAAUCUUUUGUUCUUUCCAAUUCUUAUUGUCAACACAAGUGGAGAUUAGGGUUGUGUUCGUGAAAGGAAAAAGAAAUGGCGUAACGUUAUUUAAGUCUUGCUGUUUAUGUCAUGUGAUUUUAUAUCUUUUAAUUCGAACUUAAAGGAGCCUUCU